GAAUUGAACUUUAAAGUUUUCAUAUAUAAAAAUGUUGGAUUUACUAAUAACACGAGUUCAGUUUGAUAUUUCUAGUAUGGGGUCAACUCAGCCAUUACAUUUAAAAUGAAUGACUCCAACAAUGUUCUUAUCUCUGUAUAAAACAUGAACUUCUAAUAGAAAGUGUUUUGCACGAUUUCUGAGCAUCAUACGAGACAAUUACUAGUACAAGGUUACAAAUGUUACAAAGAAUGGAUCCUAUUUGUUUCAAGUUUGUCUUCAUUGCAAUUCUUACUUAUAAGACAGUUUCGUUGACAGUUGUUCUCCAAGAACGAGUUUACUAACAGAUGCUACAAAUCCUUGUGAUUUAAUAGAUGUCUCUGGUAAAACUGUAGUCAACUGCUCAGGAAGAGGUCUUACCUAUAUAUCCAAAUCUUGGUUUCCAGAAAACACAAGUGAAAUAUUGCUACACAAAAACUUAUUGACUUUAGUUCCAAACGGUACACUAAACAAGCUUUCCAGGCUUGAACGGUUAAGUCUUCAGAACAAUGUAUUAACUUUUAUACAGCCCAAUGCUUUUCAAGGACUUAAAAAUUUACGAUAUUUAAAUCUAGAGAGCAAUCAUCUCAACCUGUUUAAAUUACCUGUGGACUUAUUCAGAGAUCUAAUUAACCUAACUGACCUAAUGUUAGCACAAUAUGUAAAGUAUGGUGAAUUCCAACAAAGUAAUGUAUACACAUUUAGUAAUGAAAGUUUUCCUGAUGCCAUGUUUCGGUAUUUAGUCAACUUACAAAACUUAUCUGUCAGUUCUUCUUCGGAUAUCUUGUACUUUAAUGAAGACUUUGCAAAGCUGCCUUACUUAAGAGAAUUGCACAUUUCUGGAACGUUCAGCAGAAUAGAAGAUCACAGUUUUCUAAAUGUAAGAGGUGUCACAGAUCUAUACCUGGUAAUCUGCCCUGUGAUAAAUUUCUUCAGUGAGGCAGCGUUGGCAUCUUUUAAAAGAUUAAGAAGUAUCCAGUAUCAGAUGCUGGAUCUCGGUUUACAUAAAGCAUUACGAACAUUGCGGCCUUUAGUCAACACAAACUUGACAACUGUGCUAUUUUUUCAAACUCGAAGGAAUAAGUUUAACUACUUAUCUAUUGAAAACGGAGAUGGUAUUUUGAACGCAACGGAUACCAAGUUUUUAAGACAAAUCUGUCUUGAGGAACUUAUAUUUAAUAAUAAUCAUAUCUUUAUACUUGAGAGUGGAGCAUUAUUCAGCCCCACAUUUAAUCGAUGUCUCAAAAAACUGUAUAUUUUCGAGAAGAACUUUAUAGGAUCAAACAGGGCUAGCUUCGAUAUAUUUCUGUUACAAAAUCUAAGAGAAAUCUUUAUAGCUCAUUCUGUCAUAACACCAACCAUGCAUAACAAUGUUCGCAAAGUGUUCAAACUGAUAAAUGCGUUUGACAAUUUUACUUUGGACGCCUCAUAUCAAGAAAAUAUAUUUACUCCGUAUUACCAACUUUUCUCAAAGCAAAACUCACCAUUACCGUUUGAGUUUAAAUUCUCUAAAAAUAUCUACAGAGAAAGGGGAAGUAAAUCAACGGAAAUAACCAUAGUAAUUUCAGAUUCGUUAGAAUAUAUUGCAUUAUCUUCCUUGGCAAAUGGAUUAUACUUAAACGUGCCAGUAAAAAUUAAAGGCGGUGAAAAUCUCAUUUCUGCUAACUUGAGAAAUAACGGAAUUCACCAAUUUCUUAUUCCGAUUGAAGGACUCCCUAAACUAAGAGAAUUAUAUUUAUCAUUCAAUGAUGUCUCCAUCGUAUCUCGAGACAUUCUGGAUAGUUAUCCUAAUCUAGAAAUAUUGUAUUUAGACAAUUGCAAUCUGAGUAGCGCAGUAAUGUCAGAAUAUAGUCAUCGGUUUUUUAGAAGACUUGUCAACUUAACCAAGUUAGAUUUGUCCUAUAAUGCGCUUGAUCUAUUUUCUACUGUGUCAUUUUUAAAUAAUAGAAAACUGGCGUAUUUAAAUUUGGCCGGAAAUCGAUUUAAAGACAUACCGUUUGAUUUAAAGCUUACACCGGAACUAAGAUACUUGGACAUGAGGCAGAAUGUGGUCACCGCUGUUUCCAAAAGAGACAGAGACAUAAUUGAAGACAACAGAGAGUGUCUUGGAAGUUUUCAGCUUUUCUUAGCCGACAACAUUUUGUCAUGCGGAUGCGAACACAUUGACUUUCUCCAGUGGCUGCAGUUGACCAGUGUCCAGCUUGACAAUAACAGGAACUUUACGUGCAUUAACAGUGAGGGUGUGUUGACUUAUACGCUUGUCUAUUUACAGCUAGAAGACCUCUGGAGACAAUGCUGGGGCAGGUGGUUUCUUAAUUUCUCGUUCAUUCUGCUAUUCGUCAUCGUUAUUGGGCAUCUGCUGGUCUUCUUGUGGGUUAAAAAUAAAACUGUUAUUAUUUCAAAUGUGUUUCAAUUUUUUACGAAUCUUCGUCUCAAGAAAGUAUCCGAUUAUCGAUACGGAGUUUUCAUCGGGUAUUGUAACUGUGAUUACCAGUUCGCCUGCGUGACCUUAAGAGAAUAUAUCGAAGAGAAACUUAAGUUAACCACAUUCCUGCAAGACCGUGACCUUUUACCUUCGUCUGCUGUCUCUGAAGGUAUAAUGGAGGCCAUGACCUCUAGCUACCGAAUACUUUUAGUGGUCAACGAAAACUUUGGUUCCUGUUCACUGUGCGUUCAGCUGUUUAUUCUGUCACGCCAAAUAAUCCUUUUCGUGUUGUCAUCAUAGUGGAAGAAGCGCAAGUCAAGCAGCUGCCUACAGAACUUUUCAAUUGCAUUCCCGAAGACAAUGUUAUAAGAAUUAACGAGUGGCUGCUGGAUUAUAAGCUCAAAGAAUCAUUAAGAACAAGGCUACAGUAGCUUACAUUAAUGAAUAACAAUUGAAGAAAGAGGGGGGGGGGGCAAUUUAGUAUAUCCUAAAUCGAAAUCUUAGUUUCGUAUUCCCAUAAUAUGUUUACAUAUUGUAUUUCUCAGCGACAUAGUAUUGAUGUAAGAAAUUUAAAGGGAAAAUAAUAUUAUAUCAUAUCCCGUUGAAAACCGAAAAUCAGACAUUAACUACUCUGACACCCUCAGAAAUCCGACGUGGUGCUGACGUCAACUCACGAAAGUAAUAUUCAUUAUGCAAAACAUUUUGACUGUAAGUUGGGCUUAAUUGUAAUAAGUACAGUACUGUAAAGCUGUAGUAAGUUAUGUUUUCUUAAGAUCAAUAAACGUUUGCUUUUAUAAUAUAGUUAAUUUUAUAUCCUUCGAAUUUUAAGUGAAUAGUUUAUUACAUCAUGAA